AAGAAUUAAUAAAUCUUCGUAAUGAUUAUUGUGAAGAAUUUAAAAAUGCUCUGAAUACUGAGCAUGCUGCCAUUUGGGAUAGCAUAGCAACCGAAAUCAAUAAUCAUCAUCCAGCUCAAGUUACUGACAGACAAUGCUAA